UGCCAUGUUCUGUUCUCACGUAGCCCAUUCCAGAGAUCAACUCUGUUACACCGGAGGGCAUUGUGCUGCAAUCUUUGCAGCAUUUCUGCUUUCAUCCUAAGCAGUCUCACCUCUGCUCCCUCUUCAGUUCGAUGAGUAGUGCCACGCAUGGGCUGCACAAGGAAGUGAAGCUGUGCACAUGCGUGUCAGUAAUUAACCACAUAUUCCUCCACCAUCUAUACAACUUAGUACAGGAAAACAAUACAAUGACAAGGUAGCAAGGAAAGAAAUAAAUUUCAUGUGGAAAAGUUCUGCUUCAGUAUGUCUGCAUGGAGAAUCAGAGUGCUGGCAGUUCUGUGCUUCCUGUGGCAGCCCAGAGGUCAUGGUCAACUUCCUCCUCCUCAAAAUGUUACAUUACUGUCAAAGGAUUUUGAUAUGAUUUUGACAUGGACUCCAGGAAAAGGAUAUCCACCAGAUGUGUCAUACACUGUGAGAUAUGAAAGCAAGACACGCAUGGACAAAUGGAUAAAGGUUCCUCAUUGCAGAAACAUUCACAGUAUCUCUUGCAACCUCACGUGUGUGAUUCCAAACUUCUUCAUUAAAUUCCGGGCUCAAGUAAAAGCCGCUUCUGGACGACUCCAUUCGCCAUGGGUAAAAUCACAGUUCAAGGAGUACCAUUUAGAUGUGGAACUGGCUCCCCCACUGCUAAACAUGAAUGUAAAGGAAGACGUAAUCCAUGUGAGUGCCACUUUUCCUAUGGCCAUCUGUGUGGAGAGUUUAUCUUGGAUGUAUGACUUCAACUUUUGGGAAGCUGGAUCUGAAGACAAGAAGCAAUACAAAAGUAUCUUUAGGAAAAAGGCAGUGACUAUCGACACCACUGCACUCAGAGGCAAUUACUGCUUGAAUGCCAGAUCUUCCAUUCAAAGCAUCGACUUCAAGCACAGCAAAUUCUCUCAGCCGGUGUGCAUGCUGUUAAACCAUAAAGGGGAAUGGAAGUUCCCUUUUUCCGCCAUGAUCCCGGUCUGUGUCCUCCUCAUCCUUCUGACAAGUGCCUCCACCAUUUGGCUGCUGAAACAAGAUGCAAAGCAUAAGCAGAUGCCUCAAGCUUUGGAUUUAUCUAAUUGUAAAAUUGCUGGACCAACCUUUUGCUGUGAGCGCAAAGAAAAUGAAUUCCUCGCAGACUGUCUUAUCUGCACAGAUAGGCCAGUGUCACAAGGGAAGAAAAACAAAACUCUAGCACAAAACAACAAACUAUGGAUGGCUUCCUUCCUACCAUCAUCAUCAUCAGAAGAAGAAGAGGAAGAGGAGGAAGAGGAAGAAGACAGUAGUAGUUUCAUACCAUACACUGAAAUGCUUCAGUUUCCAAGGAGACACUUCAUCUGUCAAACAUCCAGAACAGCUGACGCAGAAACUAUCUUGGGCUCCACAUCUGGAGGUCUCUCUCUGGAUGGUGGAUCCGCAUUUGACUUAAGUGCCCUGGGUUUCUCUUUCUUUCCCACAAGAAAGAAUGAGGGGGACACCUCAGGAUCCCAAGGAAAUGAAAAGGCAUCACAUUCUCACAGUUCCUCUUUGGGAAGAGUAUCACUCGCUGAUGUGAGAUUCCCAGCUCCCAGGGAACAUGGACAGCAUGAUACAGACAGCGAUGACUGCCUGGAAGUGAGCAUUCUUCACCCACUAGCGAACAAGAGUUGCACCAGGCUUCCAGCUGAUGAACACUGUCUAUAUAGGAAAGAUCAUGAUUCUACCAUGUAUUACCAGAAAUCAACACUUGAUCAGCCUGUCCAGGUCAGUGAGAACUCGCUGCUCAACGAGGAUCCCACCAUGGAGAAACUCAUUUACUUUCAGACAUUACAGGUGGCAGAAGAUGAAAGUAUUGCAAGUGACUGUGACAGUGAGAAUUGCACAGGAGGAACACCUCCUGCAUCCACGGUGCUAGGUUUCUCCCCCGCCAGUAAAAGGACAUGGAGGAAAGCAAUGUGUUCGAAGAAAGAGGGAGAAACAAAACUGUUUCAUGUGAGGGAAGGGGUAUCAAAGUUAACAUCUCUACAGAACCUGAAGAACAACAUCAGAAAGAGGUUCUCCCAGGAUGAGAGCUGGUGGGAAGGCUGCCAACCAGAUGAGCCUUACUGGUGGAGGCAACAUCCCACUCCUGGAUGUCCUUUGCCCAGGCUUGAGACCUUCUUUCCACUGGAAAAGGACGAGGAACACCAGAGCACCUUGCUCCCUCUGUCAGUCUGUACCUUCUACCUUACCUAAUGGCUGUAGCUAUGCAAUGAGUAAAGAAGCUCUCCCCUUUCAUUGGAAGAGCUGUGAUCCAGUUCACUAACAAGCCUGGCUAUUGCUUAGCUGCUGAAGAAGCCUGGAGGAAUUUGAGCCUUAUGCAGUGGCCUAGUUAGCCCUACACAUAGUCAAGAACUCAGGACAGGACUUUCUCAUUUUGUCAACAGUUAUGUCCAUGGGAUAAAGUAAUCCAGUGAGGUUACCCAGUCUGUGUUGAAUGAGUAGUUAGAUGAUAAAAAUUCAAAAGCAGUGCCUAAGAGAGCUUUCUAAGCUUCAAGUUAGGCUAUACGUGUGAAGCUUUCUCUACCGAUGAUAUCAUAGGAAAAAUAAGCAGCAUGUGAUAGUACCAGUUCUUCUGGUUUUACACACUUCUGCUGGUUCUAAAUCCACAGCUCCUGAAGACAGACUACUGGUUUUCGCUAAAGAAGGAAAUGUCUUCCCUUUUUCUGAAGAGAAGUUGAAAAUGUAACUGAACAACACCCUAAAAGCCUAAGAAAGGAAUGGAAAACUAUGAGCUAUGUCUGUUUCUUGCUUAGAUUUCAUAUAAAUGUGUAGUUUUUUAUUGGAUGAUAUUGAU